AUGUCUCAAUCUUCAGAAUCUUCCUCUCCCAAGAAGAUGUCCCCCAUCGCUGCUCUUGAAUCUGUUCCAAGAACAGAACCUGCCUACCCUAAUCAAGUUCUUGAUGUUGCUCCAUUGAGGAUGGUGACUGAAGAAAAUCUUGCUAUGAAGAAGACUCGCACCCCCCAUGCAAGAAGACCAAAAGAAACUAUUCAUGGUAAGGUUCCUGGGAUAUCAGUCCCUCUGCAAUCUGUGAUUUCUGAACGCCCUCAGAACCCUGAACCCAAUGUUGGACCUAGGGAAGAUAUCAUAGGGAAGUCUACUAAUGAUGAUGAUGAUGAUGUCCACAUGUCUAGUGGUGAUGCCCAUAUGGCUGAUGAUAACGUACACACUCUUGAUGGUGAUGUACAAAUGGCUGAGGAGGAAGAGCAUGAUGAUGAAGCUCAACAAGAUGAUGAUAAUACUGAUGUUACUCAGAAUGUUAAUGACAAUACUGAGGCUGAACCUGAAGCUGUUGUAGGUACAAAAGUUGUUGAUCUUGAUGAUAUGUUUAAUAGUAAUCUGGUUGCUAAUGUGAACGCUAGCAUAGAAAAACAUCUCAUGACAAGGAAAGGGAAGAAGGCUAUUGAUCAAAGUCCUCCUAAGAGGAAGGUUGUUCUUAAAAGCACCUCUACUGGCCCUAUCAAGAGGAAAGCAAUUCCAAAAAUUACUUCUACAUGCCCCAUUAAGAGUAAAGUUGUAUCUAAAAUUGCUUCUGUUGGUCCCACCAAAUCUUGGAGCAAGGUUGUCCCCAAGAAAAGGAAGUCUAAAGUCAUUACUGACUCUAACCCAGAUGUUGAUGUUGAUGUCCAAGACAUUCCUCUAAGGAAGAAGCCAACAACUAGCAAGCUUGCUGCUAGUGUGCCUGAGGUACCUAUUGAUAAUAUCUCCUUUCAUUAUUCUUCUAGUGUCAACAAGUGGAAAUAUGUCUACCAGAACAUGUUGGCCUUGGAAAGGGAGUUGGCUCAGAAUGCUCUUGAGAGUAAGGAAAUCAUGGACCUGAUACAUGAAGCUGGGCUAAAGAAGACUGUUACCCAUUUCUCUAAGUGCUAUGAAAUGCUGGUGAAUGAGUUCAUUGUGAAUCUAUCAGUGUAG